GAACAGCCGAAACCGUGUCACCCAAGACGUCCGUACGCGCCGCGCUGGAAGGUCGAAAGUGGCCGUCGUGCGUGUAAUCGCGCGAGAGUAGUACUCGUGGAGGAGUACCCGAGAGUACGCGGCGUAUCCGCGAGGCGAGCCCGAACGGAAUCCCGGGAUCAGGUCUGAUCUGAUCGCGAGGCGUUCCCAGUCGACGACGCGGCGAUCGAUAUCGCGAUCGCGAUCGCUGGUGAACAGGUGGACUCGAUCGGUGGUCCGCUCGGCUCGCUCCUCACCGUCGCGUUCCCUCCUCGUGUUCCUCCUCGUCCGUGUCGCGUGCGCGCGCGCGCGCGGAGCUCGCGAAACGGAGCGAGGCGCUCGCUUGGUGAUUUCGAUGCGCGGCACGGAAAUAAUCGGUAGACCGAAGGGGACCGCGAGUGAUAUCGCGCGCGUGGUCGUUACGUAGUGCUCAAGGCUGCGUCGUUACCUGCGAUCUUUCACCUGGUUGCAGAGCAGUCGCGAUACCAGAGCGAUACCAAGGACCGGACGACUCUCGUUGCGAGAGGAGAUAUGCCUGGCAGUCACGGAAUUCGUCGAGACUGCUCGUGGAUGACGCUGAAGCGAGGAUUAUGAGGACGUCGCACGCAUCGAGAGCGAAACACUGCGCCGUACGAGACUGCAGCGAGCGGUGAUCGGGACGAGGAGGAGUCGGAGGAGGAUUCCGGCGCGAGAAGAGGAUACUGGGUUCGGCAAGGCGGUCCAUCGAGGCGGGUAUACCAUGUAUCGGCCGAACUUCUACGAGAGCACAUGUCUGAGAUGCGCUCAGACCGUCUACCAGGUCGACAGGGUGGGUCCCUUGAAGGACUUCACGUUCUUCCACGCUGGCUGCUUCAAGUGCGCGAUCUGCGGCACCAAGCUCACCCUGAAGACCUAUUACAACAAUCAGCACACGAUCAACGACAAGGAGGUGUACUGCAGCAGCCACGUGCCCAAACCCGGGCCCGGGACUCUAGAUGGGUCCAGCGUGGGCAUCAGGAGCGCCCUUAACGUGCCUAGAAGCGGCUACGUUAACGAGCAGAUCAGGGCGGGUGGCGCGUCGCCGCGCGGCGUCUAUCCACCUUGUUACGAUAAUGUAGACUCGCCUAAUUAUGCCAGGCACCUGAACGGGCACGGCACGCCGCCGGCGGCUAACUCGUCCCAGCGCGAUGGCAUCCACGGCGGCACCGGCGGCGCCUCCUCGCCAUACAAUCACAAUUAUUCCGGGGACGGCAGCUAUCAGUACGGCAGGUUCGAUGCGAGCGCCCUGCACAUCGCCCAUGCGCUCAAGCAGACCGAGCUACAGAAGGGCUACAGCAAGGCCCGCGAGAAACCCAUCGAUUAUUAUCUGGAUCGCGAUGAACAGACGCGUCUCGAGAUGAAACAUCGGAAAGAAGAGGAUGAUUUAUACCGAAAGUUUGCGCAUCAUCGCGAGGAAGAGGAUCGACGAAUUCGUGAGGAAUUCCGAGACGAGUGGGAGAAGGAGCUCGAGCAAUUGUCGGCGAGAUGGGAACGGGAAAAAGGCGGAAGAGUUCGAACCCAACAAUUUCAGCAGGAGAAGGAAGACUUGGAGAAGAACAUGACUCUACGCAGGGACAAGAAGAAGGAAAGUCUCACGCGCAAGAUGCUGGAGCACGAACGGGCGGCAACCGCCGCGCUGGUGGAGAAACAGAGCUCGGAGAUGCUGGAGCUGAUCAAUGAGGCGAGAAGCGAGUACAUGCUACAGGAGAGUUUAUACCUUGACGAAGGAGACGGUUAUACCCAGGAAGCGCCGCCGCCGCCUUAUCCGUCGCGCGCGCCACCCCCGCAGCCGCCAGCCCUCGCCAAGUACCAUAUCUACAAUGAUCCCCUGGAGUUCGCCGACAUGGAUCAGAUAGCUAUUUCGGUAGCUCAAGAAGAUCAAAAAACGUUCACCGACUUGGUGCGACAGUUGGUGAGCAGAUGCGGAUCGGAUAUAGAAAAGGCGAGGACAAUAUUCCGAUGGAUCACCGUGAAGAAUCUGAACACUAUGCAGUUCGAUGAAAACUUGCGGGGUGACACUCCCAUGGGCCUGCUGAGGGGCAUCAAACACGGCACGGAAAGUUACCACGUUCUAUUCAAACGAUUGUGCAGUUAUGCGGGCUUGCACUGCGUGGUCAUCAAGGGUUACAGCAAGUCGGCGGGCUAUCAGCCGGGCGUUUGCUUCGAGGACAACCGAUUCCGGAACAGCUGGAACGCCGUGUACGUGGCAGGUGCGUGGCGGUUCGUCCAGUGUAAUUGGGGGGCACGACACCUCGUCAAUGCCAAAGAGGUUCCCCGUCCCGGUCAAGCGAAAGCCAAGAACGACAGCCUCAGGUACGAGUACGACGAUCAUUACUUCCUGACGGACCCCCGGGAAUUCAUAUACGAAUUCUUCCCUCUGCAAGAGGACUGGCAGCUGCUCAAACAGCCGAUUUCACUUAAGGAUUUCGAGGAAUUGCCUUUCGUACGAUCUCUUUUCUUCAGGUACGGCCUUUACUUUCCGGAUACGAAUACGAAUGCCGUUAUGUAUACGGAUUCCACCGGUGCUGCGACCGUGAGGAUAGCGAUGCCGGCGAAUAUGCAAUCAUCCCUUAUCUUUCAUUACAAUCUCAAGUUUUACGACAACGACGGCGACGGCUACGAUGGUGUGUCGCUCAAGCGUUUUGUCAUGCAGUCGGUGGUGGGGAAUAUAGUUGCGUUCCGAGUUCACGCGCCGUGCUCCGGAGCCUUUCUCUUGGACAUAUUCGCCAACGCGGUAACACCAAAGGAAUACUUGACCGGCGAACCGAUGAAGUUCAAGAGCGUUUGCAAAUUCAAAAUCGCAUGCGAAGAAUUGCAGACGGUGAUGGUACCAUUGCCAGAUUGCGCCAGUGGCGAAUGGGGUCCCACUAAAGCUACCAGAUUAUUUGGUCUUAUACCUAUCACUCAUCAGGAAGCUCUGGUGUUCGCCGGGCGCGAGCUGGAGAUUCAAUUUCGCAUGUCGAGGCCGUUGACGGACUUUAUGGCGACCCUGCACAAGAACGGCAUCGAGGAGAAGCGUCUGUCCAAGUACGUGACGCAUUCCAUCGCCGACGACGACGUGGUCACCUUCUCCAUAAGUUUCCCCGAGGAGGGCCAGUACGGUCUGGACGUUUACACCAGGGAAUCCACGGUCUCGCCCGCCGUUCAGCACGACGUCACCGGCGAAAAGCAUCUGCUCACGCACUGCUGCAAGUAUCUCAUCAAUUCCAGCAAGAGGAAUUGAGAGUGAGCGCUCGGGCGCUCUUGAAACAUAGUUUCGGCUUCGUCCGAGAAUUUCUACUCCAAUUGCGGACGGCGAGGAUUGAAAUUCCAGUGCUCAUUAAGACGAGCGACAACGGAACGCGCUUCUUUCGUGAUGCUUUCGGAAAAUUAUUAAAAUCGGGAAAACUGGAAUGGAAAUAUUUUGCAGGCAUAAUGAACGUAUAUAUACUGUCACUAUAUACUUUAUCGCGAUGAGACGACGGCAACGGUUUUAUGAUCCGAAAGUCUCGCUCGUCGCACCGAGCUCAUUCUAUUCUUAGAGGACAGGGAAUCUACAACGUUCUCCGGAAGUGGAUAGGCCAUUAAUGCUAAAUUAAUGACACUUUGCCGUGAGACAAAGAGAAAGAGAAAAGAGAGGAGAGAAGCCGGUCGAGUGACGACGGUGACGAAGAGGCAAUGGUGAAAGCAGUGACGUUUUACGUCAUUCUUCAAAGACUAUUUUUAUGCAAUUCCGCUACCUCGAGUCUAACAGUAGGCUUACGACUUGGAGAUAAUUAUUAAUGUUAAACUAACUAUGGAAUUUUAGUUUCGCGCGGGAGAGACAUUUUUCGAAGGGCUCCAAGCAGCAAGGAGUACCUUCGGUAUGUGAACGAGACGGGUUUAACGCGACUUCCUGAACACCCGGUAUAUCCGGGACGCGCUCUUGCGGUCUCGUGCUCCCUUGUAUCAUCUACCGAGUUAGAGUACUUCCGUAUAAUGAUCCUCCCCCGCGCGAUCAUGCUUCUCUUACGCAACGUAUCAAAUAAAUUAUUGCGAUCUGCGAUUCCGUCGUAUAACAAUUUCACCUCGAAGCUUUACUUUCACCGACAGAUUUAUAUAUUUAUCUCUAAUACCACACAUUAUUAUUUUCAGUACUACCUAUUAUUAUACACGUCCCCGAUCGCGGAUCCAUAUUAAGCGUGUGACGCGUAUAGAUCGAAGCAAAUAUAAUAUAUUUUAUGUAGGAGAGAGAUGCUUCUGUAUAUAUAAUGUACGUACAAGAUCAUUACGACUUGAAAGUAUCGUUAUCUACAAGGAACACUGACUCGUGAUCUGAAAAAAGUACUCGUCCAAUUUCGUUUAAUCCACUCUUCUACUUCUUUUUAAGUAUAUUGCUUCCUCUGUAGGAUUCUACUAUCUAUUUUGCACUUAGAUUCGCGCGGUCUCUUUUCAAAUUGAUACGUUUUUCAAGUCGCAAUUUUCGACAUGCACAAGGUGCUAUACUUUUAUCUUAAUUAUCCCUUACAAUUAAUCGCACAAUCGAGUAUAGCAGUCAUACAAUUAUUUAGCGGUAGGAUAUUAUAGUAUUCGCACCGUCGAUUACGCGAGCAAAAACGACAUUUAUAAUAAUUAAGAAGAAGAACGGUAUAUAUUUGUUAAUCGUGUAAUAUUAAUCUUUCUUGUUGUCAAUUAAAAUUUUAACCACGAAUGGAACUCCUACAUUAUUGUCUUAUCUAAUAGAUGUAACUCGAGCUUACGAAGCCUAUUUUGUUAUUCAUUAACAUCCAUAAGUAUGUAAAUUAAUUUUUUAUAUAUUGUAGUUACUUAUAAUAAAAUUUAAUAUUCUUGUAU